CUGGAAAAUAAAACAAAAGGGAAACUUCAAAAGCAGAUUUGUAAAGUUGUUCUGGAUCAUUUCGAGAAGGAGUACACAACGGAACUGGGAGAUACGUGGACCAGUGUCAGAGAUGUACUCACGUACCCGUCAUGCUGGCAGUAUGCCAUCCUGCUUAACAAGUUCAGCCCAUCUGCUGAACUGGAGAACACCUUGCAUGCGAAGGGGUACUAUCCUGCCUUUCAAGGGAGUUUGCCCUAUCUCCCAGCAUCAUUUAAGUGUUAUAUCAGGAGAAUUCCUGGGCGGUUCCCUGCACAAAAGCACCAGGCUGGCAAACUGAAAGAGUAUUAUCUGCUGAAUGCUGCUUCACUGUUGCCGGUUUUGGCGUUAGAAGUGAAAGACGGGGAAGACGUUUUGGAUCUCUGUGCUGCACCGGGUGGCAAAUCGGUGGCUGUGCUGCAGUGUGCCUGGCCAGGUCACUUUCACUGCAACGAAUAUGAUGAUUUGAGGUCAAGGUGGUUGAAACAAACAAUGGAAUCCUUCAUCCCGGAUCCUUUGAUUCACUUAAUGACGAUCUCUAAAUUGGAUGGCAGACAGAUUGGAGAUCUUAAGCCUGAAUUAUAUGACAAGGUACUGGUUGAUGCUCCUUGUUCAAAUGACAGAAGUUGGCUCUUCUCUUCUGAUAUUCAGCAGGCUACGCUUAGGCUAAUACAAAGGAAGGAGUUCCCAUCUCUGCAAUUCCAGCUGCUAAGGUGAGAAGUGCAAAAGAAAGCUAUUAAAGGAGCUUUUC